CCUCACCAUGAAAAAGACACGUAGCACCACCCUGAACCGGGCCUGGCCCUGCUCGGAUUUCUCGGACAGGGCUUCAGAGCGCACCCGGUCCCGCAGCGACAAAGACUACCGCCUCCACAAACACUACCACCCUCAGUACAUCUGCCAGUCCCCCCGGGGGUACAUGACAUCAGGUGAUGUAUCUCCCAUCAGCAUAUCGCCCAUCAGCCAGUCACAGUUCAUCCCUCUGGGGGAGGUGCUGUGCCUGGCCAUCUCAGCUAUGAACUCAGCCCGCAAGCCUGUCACCCAGGAGGCCCUGACAGAACACCUGGCAACAUGUUUCCCAGGUGUGCCCACACCAACGGCGGAGAUCCUCCACCACACACUUAGCAUGCUGGUCCGGGAGAGGAAGAUCUACCCUACGCCGGAAGGCUACUUCAUCGUCACGCCACAGACCUACUUCAUCACGACCUCUCUCAUCAGGACCAGCUCUAAGUGGUACCACCUGGACGAGAGGUUGCCUGAUCGCAAGCAGCAGCAGCAGUGUACCUCCCCCCUCUCUGGAACCAUCCCCCCCUCCACCUCUGGCUGUGUCAGGGACAGGUCCUAUCCUAAGAACCAUGGAGACUUUUAUAAUGAUUACCAUGAUAACCCCCCCAGCCACCAUACCACCCUCACCAGGAAGUCCCCCAAGGAGCACAGGGAGGCCUACUCACCCCACUCCCCUCACACCCCCACACAGCCCCAGCACACCAUGGAGAAGACACGGAGCACCCUCAGCUUCCCCUUCAAGUCGGACACCCUGACCAAGCAUCGAGAGGAGGGCAGCAGCGGGGAAAAGCAGUCGAAGAAGUUUGGCCUUAAGCUGUUCCGGCUGAGCUUCAAGAAGGACAAGACCAAGCAACUGACCACCUUCUCGGCCCAGUUCCCCCCGGAAGAGUGGCCUCUGCAGGGCGAGGAGACGCCCACGGCCAUGCCGCACAACGUGGAGAUGGAGAUCAUCAGACGGAUAAACCCAGACCUGACAGUGGAGAACGUGGCGAGGCACACGGCCGUGAUGAAGAGGUUGGAGGAGGAGAGAGCCCAGAGGAGCAAGGCCAGCUCGUCAGCCCAGCGCAGCGCACACAGCAGGAGGAGCUGUCGUCAUCGCAAGCCCCAGGGUAAGCCCUCAUGCUCCCACAUUAAGACCCGCACCACUCGGGGAGACCACUUUGAGGGAUCUAACCUGGUGGCUGAGAGGGACUACCAGCCCUACAGCUCCUCCUCCCUGGAACACAGCCAUGCCCGCCACCUGGCUCACAGCAACCCAAACAUCAUGGAGUCCCACCUGCCCGUCACCCCAGAGUGGGACGUGUCAGGAGAGCUGGCCAAGAGGAGGACAGAGAUGCCCUUCCCCGAGCCGUCGCACGGACCGUCCCACUCCAAGGUGUACCACAGCCACACACGGGAGAGGAAGUCACGCAACGAGCGCUCAACCAACAAGGCCAAAGAGAGGUCCCGUUCCAUGGACAACUCCAAAAGGCCCCUUGGGGUUGGGCUGAUUGGGCUCCCAGACUACUUUAAGCACAGCCCUGAUGAGAGGGACAGAGACAAGAGGCGCUACUACACAGACGACGGAACUUUGAGGGCCGCAGCCCAGGCCUCCCACUACUCCCACUCGCAGGCCACGCCCCAUGCUGUUAAGUUAACCUCUGUGUGUGGGCCCGACAGAGGAAGGACACUUAAAAAGAGUAAAAGUAGAGACCAUUUACCUGACUACGACCGCUUGAAGGCUUACUCUCCAAAACCCAUGGCUGAGGACUAUUUCCAGUCCAAUGCAUCCAAUGAAUUAAUCUUUACUGCUCCCAGACCCAUAGGAAAACACAAUCAAGAUCGCUUACCUAAGGUGAAGGUGGGUUGGCCCUAUGACAGACAGACCCCUCACUACCCAGAGUACAAAGAGGAAACUACAAAGGGACAUAACAGUGUUAGUUUACCAAUGCCCUGCCAGAUGCCUGAACCUUUGCUAAAUGGCCAUUCUGUACAGCACCACAACACCAACUCUGGUAGCAUGGACAGGAGGAAGGAGAUCUUUAGCAAAGACACUUUGUUUAAACCACCACCCAACGCAUUGCCAGGCACCUAUGGGGAUGGCAGCUACUCCAGGUUAAGCACGCUCAGCAAGACCCAGGUCAUGUCGUCAGCUGAGAUUCCGGACAGCCAGGGGCAAUUUGAGCAGCCUGGCCCCCUGCUAGCUAUGCCCCUGCCCCCUUCCUCUUCCCCCUCGACUGGCUCGUGCCAGGCCUCCUUCGACUACUACAAUGUGUCUGAUGAUGACGAGUUGGAGGACUCUGCCUCGGCCGAGCACACAGAGCAGAAGGCCCCAGAGGGUUGUGGUGGGGGCGGACAGGGUACCAUGCAGUGGCUGCUGGAGAGAGAGAAGGAGAGGGACCUCCAGCGUAGGUUUGAGAGGAACCUGACCUUCCCCAACCCCAGGGAGAGUGACCACAACAACCAGGGCCAGCAGUCGACCCACUCAGUCAGGCUGGACAGCAUGGACAGCAACAGUGUUACAGUGGACAGUGGAUUUAACUCUCCACGCACACGAGAGAGCCUGGCCUCAAACACCUCCAGCAUUGUGGAGAGCAACAGACGUCCGAAUCUGGCUCUGAGUCCCGGACACCUGGGAAUCGCCACAGGCAACGGUCCACCUUUCACCUUCCAGACCAUUCCAGAGCCGCUCACCACCCAACCUGAGAAACUGCAGAAACCCUCAAACUGUUUGGCCUCCAUAACGAGUGUGUGACAUUGGCUGGAGUGGGAGGUAAAAAAAGAGACAAGUGUUGGGUUUGGAUGUAUACCCUACACCUCCACCUCACUGGGACUGUUACAGCAUACAGACUGACAGGGUCUUCAUAACAUACACCAGCCAGCUCAAGGACUGGUACUACAUCUGUCAUUCAAUGAUUAGUUAUCAUCUUCCGUUGGGUUAUAUUUGAAUUUGUGAUGCUCACUACUACAAUAACACCACUUCUUCUCACAAGAGGACAUUUAUGAAAAUAUUUUAGAGUAUUGAUCUUUUUCAAACCCAUUCUAAAACUAGAAAAAUAAAAUGUAAUUCUACUGGUUCUUUUAGGUUUUUGUUUUUACUGAGCAGUUUUUAUUUCUUUAAUGUAAUUGAUUUGACUUUGACCUGCCAGUUGACAUUCUGUAAUUUGUUUUGGUGUCAAAUUUAUAAUCCUAUAAUCUCAGGUCACGUGUAAUAAUUAUACACUUGUGGAAGGACCACCAGAGGGCAGGCUGGGCUCAUGGAUAGUAGCCCAACAAGGCAUGGGAGACAAGGUAACCAGAGGCAAUUAAGCACAGCUGACGGUACUAAUGACAUACUCUCCUUCCCCUAUAAGAGAGAGAAUGGAACCAGCAGAGAAGGAGGGGAAAACUAUCUCUGGGAGAUGGCCACCGAGAGAGAGGAGCUAUCCAGGAAGAACCACUAAAACGGUGACAAUCCUGUGACUUUUUGUUGUAGUUUAAAGAUAAUCCUAUUGUGUUC